CCCGCCCACUUGAGGCCACAGUGUUGGAACCGGUCGCCGAGGCCGCACACUGGACAAGACGCCAUGGAUGAGCAGCAGCAUCAUCAGCUUGUUGGCCUGGCCGCCGUUACGGUUGCUGCCGUUCUGGAGCAAGCGUACUUCUCCUUGCAGGUGAUAAGCGCCCGGAGGAAGUUUCGCGUGUCGCCCCCGUGUACGAGUGGACCCCCCCAAUUUGAGAGAGUCUUCAGGGCCCAAGUGAAUUGCUCAGAAUAUUUCCCCCUCUUCAUCGCCAUCUUGUGGACGUCCGGAGUCUUCUUCAGCCAAGGUGCGUCUUGCGUGUGCGGCGCGGCCUACGUGAUGGCGCGUCUGUGUUACUUUCAAGGUUACGCAGAGUCGCCGCAGCAACGCUUGCGUGCGCUCUACGUGAGCGCGGGCUUCCUCUGGCUGCUCAUUGGCUUCUCCUGCGUCGGUAUUUUGCUGUCCUUCUGGCGACUUGCCGGCCGACUCCAACUUCUCAACUACGUCGCCUGAGCUGUCGGCCAUCGCCCCAACUUUAGCGACUAAUAAAAAUGCAA